UAACAGUUUUCUCCUCUUUAGAAAAAGAAAACCUUUACAGCACAACUUCCGGUAGUAGGGUAGUCUGACAAACAAAAGUAUUGCCUGGCGCACCGACCUGUCACGAAUGCCACAUGCCAAACUGGCAGCACGGCGCGCCCCGGCCCUCCACAGCUAACGAGACUGAUAAAUAGUCGCUUGAUUCACCUGCCGCGCUGCGGUGCCAGGCGCCUCGCCCGCCCAGCGCCCAGCCGCCAUUCUGCUCCAGCCAAUGGGAGCGCCGAAACUACUGCAUGCUGGGGUCACAUCUGAGGUCAACCUGUCGUCUGCUUCUCCGCGGUCCCUCUCGGUAGUCGAGCAUUACGCGCCGACUCGACUGAGCUGGUCAGCCGAAAAUAUAAAUUUGAGAAUGCACGUUGCUUGAUUUUUGCUGGCGGUUAAUUGCCACGCGACUGAGAAAGUAAGCCCUCGAGUAACAUCAGCUUUACGAGGCAGGAGUAGCUCUGAAGUAGAUUUAUCCAACGGUGGCUCCAGUUGUCCGCUGUCGCUCGAAUCCUCAUCUCCCGAUAAAAGCAAGGCUUGCACGCGCGUGGGGCAACUAAACUGGUCAACAGGAUGACAGUCUGUGCAAGGUGAGAUGACAUCACAGAAGCCCACAUUCCGGGAGGUCUCCCCUCCCCUGUCGUCCUCGCUCAGCGUCUGUGCAGCCACCUACAGGCAGUGAGGCACCGGACACGCGGGCGACACGCGCGCCAUGGGCUGGAGACGGCGCCAGCGACGCGGCAUGGAAAACGUGUGGUACUUCGCCGCAGCCUGCGUCUUCAUCUUCCUGUUUGGCAACCUGGCCAUGCUGCAGACCUACCACGGCUUUGUGGAGACGUCCACGUCGUCGAGGAGACCCCAGUACCGGGGUCAGGGCGGGAAGCGCGCCCACUUGGACUUUGGGGACUCCGGAAAUGGCGGCAUGAACAGCAUACAACAGCUGUCCAGAGAGCUCCUGGCCAACAAGAACCUGCUGCAGCAUGCUCGGGGGAGCGAGUACUUCGUUAUGGAGAGUCGUCUGCGCAAGCUCAUGGAAAUUACCCCGGACUCGGCGUAUUCUGUGAACGCGACCAGUGCUUUGAUUUCCAGGUAUCUGGAUUUCUCUACGUCAGGUCCAGCCAUGCUGGAUUGCAGGACCAUAGACAACAUCAAAGACCGUGAAUACGUGGCCUCUGGCUGGACCAAGGCUGUGUUCAGUGGCGUUCAUGCUGGCCGCAAGGUUGCGCUCAAGACGGUAGACAUCGGAGGCCAGGAUGUGAUGGCUUGUAUGGACGGAGGUGGCUCCUUACAGCAGUGCUAUCAUCGAGCAGCACAGAAAAUUGUAAAAGAAAUUGUACUGCUACAAGCUCUGGCACAUGACAAUGUCAUUCAGGUUUUGGGCUUCUGCGUGCCUGACAAACCGUAUGAUGGCGACGGCGACACGACUGUUGUCAUGGUGACGGAGCUGGGAGAGCCCAUUGAUCUCAUCAAGCUGCUUCAGAUGUCAUGGGAAGACCGACUACGGAUUUCCUACGACCUGACGCGGCUACUGGACUUCCUGUCGCGCUCUGCGCGCGGCGCACUAGCCAUGAACGACUUCCGGAGACAGCAGUUCGUGCUGGUGCACGGCGCCCUCAAGCUGUCCGAUGUCGACGAUGCAGGUUUCGACGAGCCGUCGUGCAGGUCUGACAAUGAGUGUGAUCUUCACUUUUCUUCGUCAAACUUCACAAAACGGCUGGCCUGUGUUGAGGGUCGUUGCCAAGGUUACAACGAGUACCGCAAUAUGUUUAAUGCCGGUCGGCACUUCACCACCUUCCUCCUGCCGCACGGGGCCCCGCCUGCCCUCCGCCCGCUCAUCUCUGACGUCGUCGGAACCUUCGAGAACUGUUCUCUGACCACUCGUGAAUUGGUCACGUGGAUGGACAAGGUCGUACAUCUGUACAAGACCGGACGCUACCUCAACCGCACUGCGGCCAAGGACUUUGAAACAAGUUACAAAGGAACUGAGAGGAGCGACCUGCCGGGUCAGUUCGACUACCGGUGCCGCAUGUCGCUGUCCGGCACUGGAUGCACACUCUCCGUCUUUGAUCUGCGCGAGGCUGAGGACAUGUGCAACGGCGAUCACGAGUGUCGAGGCUUCAUCGUCACUAACCAGCGCACCUGGAUAGGGCGCACGAUAGUCCACUUUAAAAAUGGCACCGCAGCACCAUCAUGGAAUGCUCACACAAAACUGUAUGUCAAGCCAUCAUGAGAGCUCCUGCUGCGUUCUCAUCAUGGACCUAAUUCAGAUGUACCUUCAUCGCAGGACACUCAUCCAUUAGGGGAGGGGUUGCAGUUGCCAACUCAGACCUGAGCCCGUCAGACGCACGAGUUCUGCUCCCCAGAGAUAUGGGGUUUGAGGGCUGUCUGCAGCGACCUUAAAGUAGACCGGCAUCAGGGAGCAGACAGUUGAUCGUCCAGGGACUUGGUCCUCACCGGCUUGACAAGCUGUACCGGAUGGCCGUUAGUCUGGGUCAUCAGGAAGCAGAAAGCUUGCGACGGGAUGUCGGAAUAGAGGAGACAGGAAGUGACCCGGCCUGUGCAGCAGUGCGUGAAGACGUCUCGCCAAUCCCCGAGUACCUGACAAGAGAUGACAGUGUUCAGACAUUUUCUCGCUAGGGAUGGGAUCUUGGCGACCGGCCGCUGGUGGGAAACAAAGCCCUUCACGUUACACUACUAUUCCGCAGGGUUCGUGAAAGUCUUUCAAGGAGAGAUAUACACGAAGACAAGUCAUAUUUGAAAGUGAUAUAAACUUGAAUACACAGCUAUAUGUGCCACAGAAACUGAAAUCACUAUCAAACAAUUGUAAACAGAACUGGAGUCUCUUAAGACAUCCCAGUGUCGACUCAGACAAAGGUACUGAGCAAUACUGGAAAAUAAAACACUCGCAAUUCAACUAAAAAGAACUAAAGCAAGAUAUGCUGAGAUGUAAUUUUUAGUUGAUGGCAACGAUAACAAAGACUUUUGUCCGGGACUGUGACCGGCAAAUUUCCGGCUGUACAAACACCGUCCUGUGGCUGUCAAGUGUGUGAAUGAGAGGGCGGGUGAGAAAGAUGUUAUCAACAAUGUCUUCAGAACACGUUGGGAGAAAAAGAUGAUGAUGAUGAUGAUGAUGAUGAUAAAUGUGCCUAGCGUGCUCAGUAUGUUCUUUCCUUUACAGUCAUGGAAAAUAUUUUACAUGUGUAAGGCAAACUGCAUUUGAACGUGUCCUUGAUAUGUUAACUUUUAAAACCAAAGCAGAACAGAUAAAAAGGCAACAAAAUAAAACAGCUCAAGGAAAGUUGCAAUAAUAAGGACGUUUGCUACCAUUUUAGUUUAAAGGCGAUUUACUGAAGUGUAAUAUUCAACUUGAAGUUGUGGCCUAGAACAGGAGGGUGGUUACUAGGGGGGGAAGACAAACUGCUGCUGUAUGUAAUCUUUCUGUCGUCACAAGGUGGAGGAAGGUUCAGGCGCUGACUGAUCGGAAGUGUCUGGGAAUGGUGGAGAGAGUAAUAUGACGAACGUACACUUACUUACCUUGCGCACUCACGACGUAUUACACACACGACGCUCGACGAGCCCCGCAGAUGACGACGAGGAGGAAAAGAUUUGUAGCUUAAUCGAAUCAAAGAGCCACAAAUUCUGAGGAAUGUCACUGAGAGAGUCAUAAAGAAAAUGGCGGACGAAGACCUUUGUUUUCCCGCUCACGGCCAUUUUGAGAGCAACUUUUCUCUUAUAUAUGACGUCAUUUUCUGCUUCAAGUGACGUGAACAAAUGACGCACAGAAGACGUCAGACACGAGACGCCAUUCGGACACGAGACAAUACGCGACUCACCACAACUCACUACAGACAGUAGGACAGGCUUCUGAAACAGCAUUAAAACAAGUCUGUUGGGAGCUCGGGUGGAUUACUCCAGUUUGUUUCCUGAACAAAAGCUCCGCAUGGGUGCGUAAAGAUGAGGAAGCUAGCUCAAACGCGCCUGCGCGAGACCAUCAUUUUCCUCGGCAAUACGGAAUCCGACCAUCUUGCUGUACCCCUGUUUAUCAGCCCCCGGCCACGCAGCACUAUACAGUCGUGACCGACACUAACCCCCCAGGACUCCAGUGUAUCGAGCGCGAGCUGUGCUCUGCGAUUGUUACAUUCCCACCCUGCGUCCCCUCCCCUCCACCAUCACCACCGCCACCACCUGCCUCCGCGCAGUCGGACAAUCUUUAAAUUAGUUCCCGAUCGUACUAUGUUAUCUGCGUCUUCAUCGGCCAGCGAGGGGAAUUGCAUUGUGGGAAGGUUUGACAGGUUGCAGCGAUAGAAGCGGAUGAGAUACCCAACUCGAUCAAAACGCCCUCGCCAUACUGGCUGCAUAUCGCCCUCGUCUUCAUCAGCUGUCAGUGGGAGAUGAGGACAUGGCCAUGCUCCGCGAAUAUUGGCCGGCAGGGAGGAUCGGACGCGAGCCGGUUUGUCAAAGGCUAAGACUCGGUUUUGUGUGUAUCAUUACACACUAAAUUCUGCCUGACCUAGCUAGCCAGUAGAAGACAUGGCUAGUCCACAGACAACGCAAUCUGCAUCCCGGGUAACGAGUGUCUUAUUCAUCCUUCCUUGUUGAAAAAAUGUUCAAUUAGUUCCCAUGGAUUGACAGAAGCACUGCUUUAAAUAAUAGGAUAACAAAGACAGACUUUGUGGGUGGAAAUUCUACAGCCCCAAAUCGGCACGGCAUGUUUCAUUCAUCAGUAGUAUUUUUGUGUCUGGUAAUUUACAAAUCACGGUUAAGAGAUAGCGAGCAAAUGCUUUCAGUUGAUUUAUCAGAAAACCUGCUAUUCGCUGUUACAUUCUUUUUGUCAGCAUUCUCAUUGUUAGAAAUAAGCACGCGUCUCAUGAUUUCUAAAUUUUAGAAACACUUUUCAUUAUUUUAUUGUUUUUGUUUUUGUUUUUUUUUUUUUUUUUUUUUUUUGCGUUUGCAUGUGCAGAAGGAACGAGGGGAGAGAAAGUGAGUGGGAAUUGCAUUCCAUUGUAAAGUGACAUUCUUUAGACUCGUUACAAAACAAGACUGUCAGAUGUUCAGUAUUUAAUCUGUUCAUGCUUAUCAAAGACUAAUGUUUGACAAUCAUGAGUAAGUGUGUACGCGCGCACGUGCGUACAUACCUGUGUGAAAAGUAUUGAUCUGUUGUAAAAAAAAAAUAUAAAACUUUCAAGGCUUACGUUUUUAAACAUCUGCUGCUAAGUCUGUUGAAAUGGCUUCACGUUCAGGUACUUUCAUUGUGAACACAAGGAACGGAAGUCGAGCUUAAACAUUUCUCCAUGUAGCGCACCACCCAAGGUAAUACAAAGCCAAAGAAAACAAGAACACGAUCAUAAUAGACACAUAACUAAAAUAUACUUCAUGUGUUCUAUUUUGCUCUCAUGUUUGUGCUUCCAAUGAUUGUAGGAACCUUCUCACUGUCAGUUGGACUUUGGUAUGUGUUGCAACAGAUCUGUGUUCCUGGUUCCAAACGUUUAGGACAUUGGUAAUAAUACCAUAAUGUUUUGUGUUAAAGGAGACGGUUUAACAGAAAUGCCACUUUCUUGCAAGGUUUAAAAAAAAAGAAAGAACUAGUGACCUACAAA